GGCCAUUCAGAGGAGAGCAAAGUGAGGAAUAUGAAAUCAGCCAAGCAGCAAUUGAAUCACAGCCAAUGUGGGGAGAGCCAGCCUCCCCUGAGCCCCCUGCGGUCUGCUCUCAAUUCAGUGGUAACUUCUUCCCAGGCCUAUGAGACCUACAUUGAUAAUGGACUCAUAUGUCUCAAACACAAGAUUAGAAAUAUUGAAAAAAAGAAGCUCAAACUAGAAGAUUAUAAGGAUCGCCUGAAAAAUGGAGAGCCACUCAAUUCAGACCAAUUGGAGGCAGUAGAAAAGUAUGAAGAAGUAUUACAUAACUUGGAAUUUGCCAAGGAGCUUCAAAAAACUUUUUCUGGACUCAGCCAAGAUCUCCUGAAAGCCCAGAAGAAGGCUCAGAGAAGAGAGCACAUGUUAAAACUUGAGGCUGAGAAAAAGAAGCUCCGGACUAUAUUUCAAGUUCAGUAUGUCUUACAGAACUUCACACAAGAACACGUACAAGAGGACUUCAAAGGUGGCUUGAAUGGUGCAGUGUAUUUGCCUUCGAGAGAACUAGACUACCUCAUUAAGUUUUCAAAACUCACAUGCCCUGAGAGAAACGAGAGUUUGAGUAUUGAAGACCAGAUGGAACAGUCAUCACUCUACUUUUGGGACCUCUUGGAAGGCAGUGAGAAAGCAGUGGUGGGAACAACAUACAAACACAUGAAGGAUCUAUUGUCUAAACUGCUGACCUCUGGCUAUUUUGAAAGUAUUCCAGUUCCCCGAAACAACAUUAUAAAGCAGAAAGAAGAAUUGGAUGAAGAAAUCCGAGGAAAAUCAGAGAAGAAACAGUUAUUACAGACAGAAUCUGUUAAAGAAUCAGAAUCUCUUAUGGAACAUACACAGCCUGAGAUACAACCACAAGAGUUUCUCAACAGACGCUACCUAUCUGAAGUUGAGUAUUCAAGCAAGAAACCAGAAGGACAGCAAUCUUGGGAAGAAGGUUAUACCAGGAAGCCAAAUCUUACAAAAUGCUGGGAAGUGAUUGCUGAUUUAGAAGGGCAGAAGAAGCUGGAGUCCCUGAUGUCUUGGGAUUCUGUUAAGCAGCAGGAGACUGCAAAACCUGUGUUAACUCCAGAACAGGAUAAUAAGGAGAGUCCAAAAUCUGCUACUAUUGAUCUUCAGGAAGAACAGAAGACCCAAGAAAUCUCUAAAUCCAACAUAGUUCAUGGCACAUGGGAACAAGACAUUCCUAAAUCUAAUGCAGUCUGUGGUCAAGGGGAACAGAAGAAAAAAGAGUCACUAAAGCCCUGGGUUGCUCCUCUGCAGAAAGAGUUGGAGCCAAAGAAACAGACUUCCAAAUCUUGGACUUCUGCACAGAAUGAACAGAAGGCCAUUAGGUCCUGGCCAACGUCAGUUCAUGAAGAACAGGAUACAAAGCCACCUGAGAUUCCAGAGCCAUGGGAAGCCAAAGUUGAGAGUCAAAAACAGGCUUUACGGCCGCAGUUACAAUCUCCUUCAAAGUCCUGGAGACCUCCAGCAGCAAGCCUUGUAAUGAAUGGGCAACUGAUGACCAGAAAGUAUGAUUCAGAAUCCAAAGAUGUGCCUAAGCUUUUGAAUCAGUCUGCCGAUACCCCUUCUGCCCCUCCAAAUGAUUCAGUUCUAAGGAAAGAAAAGCUUCAGGAUCUGAUGACUCAGAUUCAGGGAACUUAUAACUUUAUGCAGGAAUCAGUUUUGGAUUUUGACAAGCCUUCAAGUGCAAUUCCUUCACCACAGCUGCCUUCAGUUAUUCCAGAUAGUCCUGAAGCUUCCAUAGAACAGAAACUACCCAACCAAAAUGACUUUCUUCAAGAGCCAUUACAAGCUGCUGCUUCUCCUGUUAAGCAUAAUACAAAUUCUUUAGUGAUUGCUGAUCAAGCUUCUUCUGGAUCUGAAACAGAGCUAGAGACUCCUCAGGUAUUCAAUGUGAAUGCACCUUUGCCUCCACGGAAAGAACAGGAGAUAAAAGACUUGCCUUAUUCAAGUGGGUAUAAUCAGAGUUACACUACAGCAAGUACACAGACAGCACCCCAGUGCCAGUUGCCAUCUACACAUGUGGAGCAAACUACUGUCUCCCAAGAGCAGACUGCAAACAGUCAACCUGAUGGAGCAAUUCAAGUAAGCAGUGGUAGCCUUGCUUUUUAUCCUGCACAGACUAAUGUGUUCCCCAGAUCCACCCAAUCAUAUCUUAGUAACCGAGGAUCUAUUAGAGGAUGUACUCGUGGUGGGAGAUCACUGACAAAUUCCUUUCGCUCCCCUGGUGGGUAUAAAGGUUUUGAUACUUACAGAGGAUCCCCUGUCAUUGCCAAUGGCAGUUAUAGUCACCUGCAGUUCCAAGCUAGAGAAUACCCUGGAACACCAUAUUCCCAAAGGGAUACUAAUUUCCAGCAGUGUUAUAAACGAGGAGGACUCUCUGGUGGUUCCCGUACAAAUUCAAGAGCAGGGUGGAGUGAUUCUUCUCAGGUGAACAGUCCAGAACGAGAAAAUGAAACCUUCAACAGUGUUGACUCUGGACAGGGAGACUCUCGUAGCAUGACCCCUGUGGAUGUGCCCGUGACAAGUCCAGCAGCCACCAUUUUGCCAGUACAUGUAUAUCCUCUCCCCCAGCAGAUGAGAGUUGCCUUCUCAGCAGCUAGAACCUCUAACUUGGCCCCUGGAACUUUGGACCAGCCUAUUGUGUUUGAUCUUCUUCUGAACAACUUGGGAGAAACUUUUGACCUUCAGCUUGGUAGAUUUAAUUGUCCAGUGAAUGGCACUUAUGUUUUCAUCUUUCACAUGUUAAAGCUGGCAGUGAAUGUUCCAUUGUAUGUCAAUCUGAUGAAGAAUGAAGAAGUUUUAGUAUCGGCUUACGCUAAUGAUGGUGCUCCAGACCAUGAAACUGCUAGUAAUCAUGCAAUUCUUCAGCUAUUCCAGGGAGACCAGAUAUGGUUACGUUUGCAUAGGGGAGCGAUUUAUGGAAGCAGUUGGAAAUAUUCUACUUUUUCAGGAUAUCUCCUUUAUCAAGACUGAAAACCUACUAUAGAUUUAUACUAGAUAAAAGUUCCUUAUGAUUGAGGAUCCAAGGAGAAAUUGACCAUUUGCUUACGAUUGAUUUCAGGAAAAAUAUUAUUUCUGGAGGAAUUAGGAGGUACUAUUCCUUUUUUCUUUUCAUCUUCCCAUUCCCUGCCCUCCCUAAGUGAAAUCCUAAAGUUGAAUUACUAACUCAGCAUUGAUCUAGCACCUCAUAAAUUGUGAUGCAGCCUUGCUAGUAAAGCUGUGAAUGUAUGUUAUUUGCCAUGAAUCUUAAAAACUGUAUCAAUGUUCAAGCUUACUACACUGAUUGCCUCCAGUUGAGUAAAG